AUGUGUAAGCCAGUCGUUAAAGAAAAAAUGACCACAGCCCUUCUGGGCCUUGGAGCGCACUGUCAAUGCCUUUUGAACAGGGUUCUCUCUUCUUUGCAGAAUAUGGCCCCGAGAAGAACGCAGCAGGUGGGGGCGGGGCCGUCCACGGAGCAAGCCUACAUCUCCAAGGUGGUUCUGCUGGGGAGCGCGGCCGUGGGAAAGUCAAGCACAGCCUUCCGCCGUGUGAAAAACGACGUCAGGGAAUCCGUGCCCACUGUGGGAUGUUCUUUCUUUACCCAGCUGGUAUGUUUAGAGACUGCCACGAUCAAGCUUGUGAUCUGGGACACUGCAGGACAGGAGAAGUACCAUGGUGUUUGCCAUCUUUAUUACAGAGGGGCGAGUGCUGCCCUUCUUGUAUAUGACAUAGCCAGAAAGGCAACUUUUGCAAGAGCAAAGCUAUGGUUGAGGGAAUUAGAGAAAGAAUUUGUUCCCGAUGAGCUUGUGAUUGUUUUAGUCAGCAAUAAGAUAGAUCUUGCUGCUCAGCGGGAAUUCACCUUUGAGGUAAGUGCACUGCAGUAAAAUCUCAGCACUUGGCAGAUUCUCUCUUUCAA